AUUUUGGGUAAUCUAUUGCAAGUGCAAUGGGCCUACAAAUGAUAGACCCAUGGUGGUACAAUCCAUAGGCCCAUAGACAUAGAUGGGCCUGCAAUCCAAAACCAAUCAAUUUGCUAUUUGCAUGCUGAGAUGAGCCCAUAUAUCAGCCUCAAAUCCACCCUCACUGAUGCGCACCGUUCAGGCAUUUUUCCUAAAUUUCCAUUUCGAUAACCUCAGUCCUACUCCAACCUUUCUCUCUCUCUCUCUCUCUCUCCCAUUUUCUGGUAAUUCUCAAUCUCUCUGCUUCCCCAAAAAGUCCAUGAAUUUCUUCAAGUCCGUAUUCUCUGAUGAACCAGAUCCUCCAAAUCCGGAUUCCGAAUCCGAAUCCGAAUCCGAACCCGAGUCUCGUAAGAACCCAGAACAAGAAGACGCAGAUUCGAAAUCCCCACCAAGCCAACCCGAUCCAAACCCAAGUAGCAAUAGUGGCGGGUGGAUGUUUGGUGAUCUUAUCAAAACCCUAGCGACCAAAUCCGAGUCGGUGAUCGAGACCUACCGUCGCGACCUCCAGGAAUUCGGGUCGGGUCUGAAGAAAGAGAUCGAGGUGGCUCAGGGGUCGUUGGAGACAGUUGGGAGCGUCAUUGAUGAGUUUGGCAACACCGUCUUGAAAGGGACGGCCCAGAUCAUCUCUCAAGGUACGGACGCGAUCCUCGCCCCUGAUCACGAAUCAGAUUCCUCCGAUCCCAACAAUCAGAGCUUUAGCUCUCAGCAGGGCUUGAAUUCGAAACGGUACAGUAGGUUUGACGUUCAGGUCCGUGCGAUUCAAGGUGACGCCGGAACUUACUGUGAGGAACCUGAGGAUUUGGAUGAAUUUAACAAAUGGAAAUCAGGGUUUGUUUUGGAAGACAAAAGUGAAGAAAUUGAGGGGCUGUUUGAAGAAAAUGGAGCUAUGGAGAGCAUUUACAAAAGGGUCGUUCCAAGUAGUGUUGAUCAUGAAACCUUUUGGUGUAGGUACUUUUACAGGGUUUAUAAGCUCAGGCAAGCUGAGGAUGUUAGAGCCAAUCUUGUUAAGCGGGCAAUUUCGAUUGAAGAAGAUGAGGAAUUGAGUUGGGAUGUUGAUGAUGAAGAGUAUGAUGAAAGUGUGAGCAAUGUGGUGUCGAAAGCCAAUUCAGCGAAAAAUACUGAAGGGGCUGCUUCUGGUAAAGUUGAGAAAGUUGAGGACUUGAAGGUUGAUAGUGAGGUUGGUGACAAGAGUUCCUCUAAUGUGGGAGAGGUGAGCAGUGUGGGUGAAGAGGCUAAUGUGGGGUCGAAGAAGGGUGAUUUAGCGGCAAAUAGGGAGUUGGUCAGCAAAGAUUCUGAGCAAAUGAAUGUCAAGGAAGAGAGCAGCUCUGUUGAGGAAUCUCAAGUUGCUGGGACUUCUUCCAGUGUUGUUGAUGAGAAGGGAGGGAAGAGCCCUGAAAUGGAUAAAGAGAAGAAGGAUAGUGCUGUGAAGUUGAGUGGUGAUAAGGAGACUGAAAAGAAAGUUAUUGUAGAAGGGGACUCUGGGAAGAAAGAUUUGCCAUCGAAGUCUGAGGAGAAAGUGGCUUUGGAGGGGAAGAAUGAGGCUCUUGAAUCUGGCGAUGCUUCGGUUGUUUCAAACCGGUCCUCUGCGCCGGAGGAAGAAGACCUUGGCUGGGAUGAGAUUGAGGAUCUUAGCAGCAUUGAUGAAAAGAAGGUGACCCAUGUUGGAAGUGGAAGUUCUAAUAAAGCUGACCUGCGGAAGCGGCUCAGCACUGCUGAAGAAGAAGAAGAAGAAGACUUGAGCUGGGAUAUCGAGGAUGAAGAUGAUGAACCAGCUAAACCUUGAUUGGCAAUUGAAUUUAAACUUGUUGCUUUUUAAAUUUAGGGCACUAAAUUCUGUAUUCUCCCCAAAAUCUAUUCCUGUAAGUGUGAUAUAAUGUACAAGGGGAAUUCUUUGUUCUUUUCUUUUCUAUCAGUUGGUUCAAAAUGCAAGUAUGUUCCUUUGCAUCUGAAUUUGUCAAGUUGAAGUCUUGAACCCAGCCUUGUCUAUAAAAGCAUUACUUUUCAUUAAUUUGUGAAUUGUGACCAUUACUUGGCAAAAAAAUUAGACA